AUGGCAACAGACUACAAGUUCGAGGGCUGGGCGGCCCAGGACGCCGCCGCCAUCGAGGGAAAGAUGGUCUGGCAGGAGAUCAAGCCAAAGGCCUGGGAGGAGAACGACGUCGACAUCCAGGUCACCCACUGCGGCAUGUGCGGCAGCGACCUGCACUUCCUGCGCAACGGCUGGGGAAACUCGACCUACCCGCUGACGGUGGGGCACGAGAUCGUCGGCAAGGCGGUGCGCGUGGGCAAGAACGUCAAGCACAUCAGCGUGGGCGACCGCGUCGGCGUCGGCGCGCAGGGCGACAGCUGCCUGGGCCGCUUCGGCGCCUGCCACGAGUGCGAGGACGGCGAGGAGAACUACUGCGACAGGAUUGUCAACACAUACGGCGCGCUGCACUUCAACGGCGAUGUCGGGCAGGGCGGCUACUCGACGUACCACCGCGCGCCGGCGCACUUUGCCGUCAAGAUCCCCGACGGCCUUGAGUCGAGCCAGGCCGCGCCGAUGCUCUGCGGUGGUGUCACUGUCUUCGCGCCGCUCAAGAACCACGGCGUCAAGGCGGGCAUGACUGUUGGCGUUGUCGGUGUCGGUGGGCUGGGCCACUAUGGCGUUAUGUUCGCCAAGGCCAUGGGCGCAAAAGUCAUCGGCAUCUCUCGCCGCGCGAGCAAGCGCGACGAGGUCCUCAGCCUCGGCGCGGACGGGUACAUCGCCACGGCCGACGACGCCGACUGGACGACCAAGCACGCCCGGAGCCUUGACCUGAUUAUUUCGACGGUCGCGUCCUCCAAGGUCCCGCUCGCAGAGUACAUGUCGCUGCUCAAGAAGGGCGGCAGCUUCUGCCAGCUGGGCCUGCCCGACGACGGGGCGUUCCAGGUCUCCGGCGCGUCCGUGGUCUUCGGCCGCACCAAGUUCGAGGGCUCCCUUAUCGGAUCGCCUCAGGACCUGCGCGACAUGCUGGAGUUUGUGACGGAGAAGAACAUCAGGGGUCUUGUGCAGGAGCGGCCCAUGAAGGACGCCAACCAGGCUGUUCUUGACUUGGAGGAUGGCAAGGCUCGUUACCGCUACGUCCUGGUCAAUGAGAGCGCUUAA